UGAUUUCCUCCACAAUAUUAUUAUACGAAAAGAAGAAAAAAAAAUUAAAAAGAGGAAAUUUGGGCUCCUCUUUGUCAGUCCGUGCAUUGUGUGGCAAUCUACAGCUUGUCAGCCUUUUCCCCCCAAUCUCUUCUCUUUUCUCCUUCCUCUCUGUGUCUCUACUGCUUCUUCUCCCUGGUCCUCGAUCUGGUUCAAAUUUGGGCUUUCUAUCUCUGAGAAACGGCGGCGUUUCUGACCAUCUUCCCUGCUUCUCCCUGCAAACGGCAACCGGAGAAGGUGUUGACUUCCUUUGCCCUUUGGGCUCUUGGGAGCCUGAGCACGAUAAGUUGAAUGAAGAUGGAGACUUGCCCGGCGAUUCCCCCAGCUUCGAAUUCUGCCUAUUUGCAGAAAUUCAGACUCUAUGAGACUCGUUCGCACUUGUAUAUGAUUGGAAGAGACAAAAGCAGAAACUUUUGGAAGGUGUUAAAGAUCGAUCGAUCUGACCUAUCUGAAUUGAAUAUCCUAGAAGAUCCGACUUCAUACAGCGAAAUUGAAUGCUGUGACUUGUUACGGAGAAUACAUGAAGGAAAUAAGACAAUUGGUGGACUGAAGUUUGUUACCGUUUGCUAUGGAAUAGUUGGGUUCAUUAAAUUUUUGGGGCCUUAUUACAUGUUGGUGAUAACCCAAAGAAGGAAGAUUGGUGCUAUUUGUGGCCAUUCAAUCUAUGCAAUCGCCAGGAGCGAGAUGAUCCCAGUUCCUGUGCAGUCGAAUAUGACUAAUUCUAAGAAUGAGAACAGAUACAAGAAGCUUCUUUGCAUGGUGGAUCUUACAAGGGACUUCUUUUUCAGCUAUUCAUACAAUGUUAUGCAUAGUCUUCAAAAGAAUUUAUGUAAUAGUGAGACAGGAAGGCUUCAUUAUGAGACCAUGUUUGUCUGGAAUGAAUUCUUGACUCGAGGAAUCAGACAGAGCCUCAAGAACUCUACCUGGACAGUGGCACUAGUACACGGGUUCUUUAAGCAGGUGAAAUUAUCGGUGUCUGGAAGGGACUUUAAGCUGACUCUCAUUUCCAGACGGUCACGUCAUUAUGCUGGAACAAGAUAUUUGAAGCGUGGGAUAAAUGAGAAAGGAAGGGUUGCUAAUGAUGUUGAGACUGAACAAAUUGUGUUUGAAGAUUCUCCUGAAGGGCAUUCAGUCCAAAUAAGUUCUGUUGUCCAGAACCGAGGUUCAAUCCCACUUUUCUGGUCUCAGGAAACUUCAAGAUUGAAUAUCAAACCAGAUAUUAUACUAUCAAAGAAGGAUAAAGCCUAUGAGGCGACUAGGCUCCAUUUUGAAAAUCUUGCAAAGAGAUAUGGGAAUCCUAUAAUCAUUUUGAAUCUAAUAAAGACACAUGAAACAAAACCCCGAGAAAGUAUACUCCGAGCAGAGUUUGCAAGUGCAAUCAGGUUUCUCAACAUGAGCUUACCGAAGGAGAAUCGUCUAAGGUUCCUUCACUGGGAUCUGAACAAACACUCUAGAAGAGGUACCAACGUAUUGUCACUUCUUGGAAGAGUGGCUGCAUAUGCUUUGAACUUGACGGGCAUCUUCUAUUGUGAAGUCUCGUCUAGUCCGAGACGUGAGGGAUUACCAAAUGAUGUCUGUUCGAAGGAACGCCAUACAAUUGAAUGUGACAAUUCGAGCGAGUCUGGUCCAGUAAUCAACGACUUAAAUAAUGAUGAUAAUAAGGAAAACAAGGUCAAGGAACCUACUCUUCAGAAGGGGGUCUUGAGGACCAACUGCAUAGACUGUUUGGAUCGCACCAAUGUUGCUCAGUAUGCUUAUGGUUUGGCGGCUCUCGGAAAGCAGCUGGAUGCACUCGGGUUUGUGGAAUUCCCAAAUAUCAAUCUGGAUAACCCAUUAGCAGAGAAUUUGAUGCGCCUAUAUGAAUUAAUGGGUGACACUCUCGCUCGACAGUAUGGAGGAUCCGCUGCGCACAAUAAGAUAUUUUCUGAGAGAAGAGGUCAGUGGAAAGCUGCAACUCAGUCCCAAGAGUUCUUCAGGACUCUACAGAGAUACUACAGUAAUGCAUACGUCGAUGCUCAGAAACAAGAUGCUAUUAACAUAUUCCUGGGCUACUUUCAGCCGCAGCCAGGAAAGCCAGCACUGUGGGAAUUGGACUCGGAUCACCAUUACAAUAUUGGAGGUCGUAAUCCUGAUUUGCGUGUUGAGAAUGCCAGGUCAUUGAUUAAGAGAUCAAUGUCUGAUGGAAAUCUACUAUUUGAAAGUGAAAGUGACUCAACUGAGACGCAUACCAGAGUUGGACAGAAUUUACUCUUGGUCGAUAAACAACGAGGCGGUGAUAAGGGUUUCUCAGACUCUUCCCCCGAGAUCUCGACUUGUGAUAGUGACCUCUCUUACUCCAGGUUUAAUCCAUCGAUGACUCCCAAGCAGCUCUUUGAAGAUAUAGAAGAAGACCAAUACGAAAGUUGUCCCAUUUAUUACGAUGAACAUGGGGAUACGAGUAGCUGCUCAAAUUUCCUCGAUCUAGAGUGGCUCUCUUCAUCGGGGAAUUCCUGCGAUGAAGAUCCAAGCGACAGGUCUAUUGCUGGUCUGUCGUCUGAGAAUCUUGUGAAUGAAGCCAGAACAGAGAUGUCUUCAGCUGCAAGUGACUCCGGCUCUAGCUUGCUGGGAAGUUACCGCGCUGGUAGUAGCGAACUCGGGUGCAAUGAGUUGGUCGGUUAUUCACAACGGUUUGUUCACUGGGUAAACGAUGGCGUCACCAUGUUCCACUGAAAUGACAUUUCGAAUUUUGACUCGAGCUUCCCUGAAAUUGAUUCCCAUCCUAAGGAUGUGGAUUCACGGACAGAAGAACACAGAAAAUAAGAGCAAGAGUUGGGUGCGCUCACAUACUACAGCUGACGUCGUCGUGGCAGGCAUUAUCAUAUGUCGAUAACAGUUCCAAUGAGCAUUGGCUUGUCUGAGUUGUGAGGAAUGCCGGUUUGAUAAAUGAGCUGCCAGAGUCUCGUGAUUCAUUGGGACUUUUUAAGCAGUAAAAGGUUCCCCCAGAAACAAGAAAUCUGGAAGCAAACCGCCUUGUACAUAGUUGCUACCAUUAGACCUCCCAUUAUAGUGUUUCAGAAAUGAAUCUGCAUAGCAACAGUUGAUGAUAAGCUGACUGAGGUAUACUAUUUCGUCCGGCUGAGAUCUGGACUUCAAUUUACUUAUGGCUACUCUGCAAACCUUAAGGUCCUAAACUAGAAGAGAAUUACUUGGUUACCUGAAUAAGAUUGGUUCUUUCAGUCGCCCAGGAACAAGGACUGCUUGGAAAGAAAUGGACAUGGACGCUUUGGUCAGGUCCAUUAAUCAGAGCACCAGAACCACCAUUGUUGGUGUUAGGAAGAACAUAAUUGAUAUAAAAGGAGAACGACUCCAGAAUUUAAGUAUAAGCGAUCAGAGUCGCUUUGAUGCAGCAACUGUCGAGAAGAAAGUAG